UAGUAAAGCCGCGUUAGAGGGAACAAUACGGCGUCGUUUGUCUCUCUCUUGAGCUAUCUGCAUUUCAGCUCCGCAAUUCGUAAUUCCGUAUCUCAAACCCUAACCCCACCUCAUCCAAAUCCCCCUAUUCCUAUCCCUCGUUGAUCUCCAAUGGAUUCCUUGCUCGCGACCUAUGCCUCUUCAGAUGAAGAAGAAGAAGAAGAAGAAGAAUCAUCGCAACAGCAGAAUCACCGACCCUCAUAUUCCGCACCUUUACAAAACUCCGACCACGACGAUAUUUUAUCUGUUGCCAAUAAGCCUUCCUCCGUGUUUUCUCUUCCGCCACCAAAAUCAUCUUCCUCUCUACUUUCUUCACUUCCUGCUCCCAAGGCAUUGAGAGCAGACCCCUUUAACCUCCCCACUCCCUUGGCUUCCUCGGAACCUAAACCCAAAAAGGUUGUUCAAUUUAAGCCGCCACUCAUUUCUUCCGGGAUUAAGGAUAGUAUUGUUGAUGAUGAUGAGGAUGAGGAGGAUGAGAAAGAAAAACGAAGAAAAGGAUCCGAAUCUGCGUCACAGACUCCAUCUGUGAAGAGUUUCUUAUCUAGCUUGCCCGUGCCGAAGAGCUCGGGUACAUUGGGAGCUUUGUCUCUUGGUUCUGGCACUAGUAGAAGGUCCAUUCUUGAAGCCAAUGUGCCUGCUUCUGAUUCUAAUGAAGCUCAAUCCGUUCAAGGAUCAACAGUGAGCUCCUCUGGAGCUGUUGAAGGAUCCGAAUAUGUAGAUCCUGUUGGUGGAUAUCAGCAAUGGGGUCCAGAGGGUGAGAGUUAUCCCAACUACCCAGGUUAUACUGGAUAUGGUAAUGGUGAUGGCCAGUAUUCUAAUUGGGUUGGACCCAACGGGGAACAAUAUUCAAACUAUGCUUCCAGUUAUGGUGAUUAUGGACAGUCUGAACAUAAUUGGGUUGAUGGCUCUAAUGCUUCUUCACAAGAACUCCCGGAAUCAGCUGAAAGUGCAUUGAGGGUGACGGGAAAGCGUGGAAGGAAUGAUGCUACACUGCAAAUAGUUGAGGUGAAGCAGGAUGAGUUGAUGAAGAAUCGCCCGAGGGAAGAUCAGGUCAAACUGACCGGUAUUGCUUUUGGGCCAGCAUACAAGCCUGCUUCAACGAAGGGUAAGCCCACGAAACUGCACAAGAGGAAGCAUCAAAUUGGUUCCUUAUAUUUUGAUAUGAGACAAAAGGAGACGGAACUUGCAGAGCGGCGUGCUAGAGGGAUGCUUACCAAAGCUCAAACACAGGGGAAGUAUGGAUGGUGAAAAUUUGAAAUUGUCUUCUUCAUCGUAAACGACUUCCAUGUUGCAUAUGUGGCUACCUUUAUUUUCCCCUUCUCUGUAACUAGAUCGUUGUUGAAUUUUAAAGUGAUUUCACUUUGUGUUAGUUUUCCCCUGUAUACAGAAGUGUGUGGUGAAACCUCUGCGCUCUCUAUAGAACUUGUUUAUUUUAAGGCUUCUCUUUGCCAAAGCUGUAUGCUUUUUAUUUGCAUCCAAGUUUGUUAUGCCUACUGUAUUACUCUUUAGCAAGCAACACUAUACUGAUUUUCCAA